UACGUGUAAAAUGGCAAGCGGGCACUAUCGCCGCCUGGGCCCGACUGGCAUUCGCCGGAUUUUGGGGGGCUGCAGGGCAAACCAUUCGCGGCCUGCAGCCUCUUUGAAGCGGGAGUACGACGCUGUCGUGAUCGGGGCAGGACACAAUGGACUAGUGGCUGCUGCUUAUCUGCAAAAGGGAGGGUUGAAAACAGUAGUGCUGGAGAGAAGAUACAUUGUGGGAGGCGCUGCAGUCACUGAAGAAAUCAUCCCAGGCUUUCACUUCUCCAGAGCCUCUUACCUGCUCAGUCUGCUGAGACCCCAGAUUUACACUGAGCUGGAAUUGAAGAAACAUGGCUUAAAAGUGCUGCUGCGUGACCCCUAUUCCUUCACUCCAAUCCUGGAGGACAGUCAGAGUGGGAAGGUUCCUCGCUCGCUGUUGCUGGGGAACAGCAUGGCUGAGACACAGAGCCAGAUUUCCCAGUUCUCACUAAAGGAUGCCCAGGCUUUUCCCAAAUAUGAGGCGUUCAUGAACCGCUUGGUGACAGCCAUUGAUCCUCUACUUGAUAUCUGUCCAAUGGAUGUAGCCGCACUCACCCAGGGCUCCUUGCGUCAGCGAUUCAGGGCCUUGGCGGGGUUGAGAGCCCUGUUCUGUGCGGGAUUUGCCUUGGGAAAACAACUUCCACAGUAUUAUGAGGUUCUCACAGCUCCCAUUUCCAAGAUUUUGGAUUUCUGGUUUGAAUCAGAGCCCUUAAAAGCAACUUUGGCCACUGAUGCAGUGAUUGGUGCCAUGGCUGGUCCACAUACACCAGGCAGUGGGUAUGUUCUGCUGCACCAUGUCAUGGGAGGAGUAGAGGGGCGCAAGGGUGCCUGGGGUUAUGUGUCUGGUGGCAUGGGGGCACUUUCUGGGGCCUUGGCUCGUGCUGCAACUACAUUUGGGGCUGAGAUCUUUACUGAUAAGGCAGUUUCCCACAUUCUCCUGAGUUCUGAUAAGAAGGUUCAGGGAGUUUGCCUCCAGGAUGGAACUGAAGUGAAGAGCCGCUUGGUACUGUCCAAUGCAUCUCCGCGUCACACCUUUUUGGAGUUGACUCCACAAGAGCAUCUGCCCUUGGAAUUUGUACAGAGAAUCUCACAGUUUGACACACGCUCUCCAGUGACCAAGAUCAAUGAUUGGAUAAUACUAAAGACCUGGGAUGAAGAAUCGAGGCCCGUGAUUGAGAUGUGCAUUCCAUCGGUCUUGGAUCCGACCUUGGCUCCCUCAGGCUGCCAUGUGAUUUCACUUUUUACCCAAUACACCCCCUAUUUGCUUGCUGAUGAAAAACAGUGGGACCCCCGUGACCGUGAGGACUAUGCCAAUCGAGUAUUUGACAGUGUUGAAGCCUACGCACCUGGGUUCAAGGCAUCCAUCAUUGGCAUAGAUGUUUUAACACCUCCAGACCUUGAGCAGAUCUUUGGUCUACCUGGUGGGAAUAUAUUCCAUGGAGCCAUGUCUUUGGAUCAGUUAUAUUUUGCCCGACCAGUGCCAGCUUACUCCAGUUACCAGUCUCCAAUCCAAGGCCUGUACCUCUGUGGAAGUGGUGCUCAUCCGGGAGGAGGUGUAAUGGGAGCAGUGGGACGCAAUGCUGCUAGAGUAGCCUUGGAAGACUUCAAGAAUCUGUGAACCAGUAGCAGGAUUUAUUGCAUUGGCUCAAAAUGAGAGAAAUCUGGCAUUCUCCAAUCCAAGCCUUUGAAAUGAACUCUCUUAUCUGGCAUUUGGGGGCCUGUUCUACUAGAAUCUUCUCAUAUUUUU